AUGACACUUUCACUGAUCGUUGUGGUAUUGUCUGUGGCCGCUUUGGCCCAGGCACAGCCACAUUCCGGUGGGUGGGACAACAACAACUGGGACAACAACAACGGCUGGAACGAUGACAGAUGGAACAACAACAACGACUGGAACAACAACAAUGACUGGAACAACGACGAAGGCUGGGGUCACUCAGGAGGAUGGGGUGGUUCUUCCGGCAGCUGGGAAUCUUCCGGAAGUAUCGGUCACGGCGGCGGUGUCGGCAGCUGGGGAUCUUCCGGAAGUAUCGGGCACGGCAGCGGUGUCGGCAGCUGGGGCUCUUCCGGAAGUAUCGGGUACGGCAGCGGCGUCGGCAGUUAUGGCUCUUCCGGAAGUAUCGGCUAUGGCAGCGGCUACGGUUAUGGCGGCGGUUACGGUAAUUCUUUCGGAAAGAGCUACGGGGGCGGUUUCGGCCAGUCUUUUGGGAAGAGCUACGGAGGCGGUUACGGCAAGUCUUUCGGAAAGAGCUACGGAGGCGGUUACGGUUACAUGAAGCCCAAGAUCCAUAUGCCCAUUGGUAAGAAAGUUCUGCCUCUUCCCAAACCCAUUAUCCCCGUUCCGGUGGUCCCCGUGCCCAUGCCCGUCCUGAUGCCCACACUCCCCAUCAUCCAUAAACCAGUCUUCGGCAAGAAGAUGAUCGGAGGAUACGGAAAGAUCGGAGGCGGUUACGGAAAGAUCGGUGGUUACGGAAAGAUCGGAGGCGGUUACGGAGGAAUCGGAGGCGGUUACGGAAAGUUCGGUGGAGGUUACGGAGGAAUCGGGGGAGGUAGCAUUGGUGGUAUCGGAGGAGGUUACGGAAAGUUCGGAGGCAACUACGGCAAGCUCGGAGGAGGAUACGGAGGAGUUGGGGGCGGUUACGGGGGUGUCGGAGGCGGCUACGGAGGAAUCGGAGGUGGUAGCAUUGGUGGCUACGGUGGAGGGCACGGCGGAUUCGGAGGCGGACACGGAGGAAUCGGAGGUGGUAGCAUCGGUGGUUACGGUGGAGGGCACGGAGGAAUCGGAGGCGGCUACGGAGGAAUCGGAGGUGGUAGCAUUGGUGGUUACGGAGGAGGGCACGGAGGAAUCGGAGGCGGCUACGGAGGAAUGGGAGGUGGUAGCAUUGGUGGUUACGGUGGCGGUUUCGGUGGAAUUGGAAGUGGUAGCAUUGGCGGUAUCGGAGGGGGCAUUAGCUCCGGAUACUGGGGAAACGACGACUGGAAUAACAACAACAACAAUAUCAACAACCACUAA